AUGAAGCUCUCUUUCGUCGCUACCUUUGCCCUCCUCGGCCUCGCUGCUGCCCUCCCUGCCAGCAACAACGACGCUGCUACCAACAAGCUCAAAGCCGGUGACACCUGCAAGCCCGACGGCAGCUUGGGUAUCUGCGAGAGCAACAAGUGCAUCAAGGAUAAGGACGCCGACACUGGCAAUUGCCAGUAG